AUGGUCCUUCGUUCUGAUCUGCACAUCCCUCGCCCUCAACAACCCAUCCACUUGACUCUACUCGAGAAAUGUGCCUACUUCGAAAGAGAAAUGCCCGAUUUGGUCGCGUUUCGAAACUCAGCCGAUCACUCGGAUUUUCUCACAUACGGCCGUUUCAAGGAGAACAUUCUCCGUGUCGGCAACUAUUUUCACUCAAAUGGUUACAAGAAAGGAGAGGUAUGCGCCUUCGUUUUGCCAAACUGUUGGGAGUUCGCUGUGUCGAUGGUUGGCGCGUGGACGGCCGGGAUGACUGCCUCGGCGGCGUCUGUCCAAUUCACGCAUUACGAGAUCCACCACCAACUAGUCGACUCAGAGGCUGUCGUUGUGAUCACCGAAGAUACGUAUCUUGAAAAAGUGUUACAAGCGGUCAAAGAUGCGCCUAGGAUCAGGGAGAUCAUCUCAAUUCAAAGCUCCCCUUCUCCCCUCCCUCCAAACGUCACCGCAUUCCACAAAAUUCUCUCAACAUCUCCCGACUUCGAUCCACGAACGAUUUCGAUUGAUAUGGACAAUGAUCUAAUCACAUUGCCAUACAGUUCUGGUACAACGGGCGCGCCAAAGGGUGUGAUGAUCACGCAUCUCAAUCUCGCCUAUACUUUGGAUAUUUUCCUCGACAAUGAGCGCCGCACAUGGGAAGCGAUGGGCGUCGGCUUGGAAGUAGUCAUCGGAAGGACAUCGUUAGCUGUUUUGCCCCAAUAUCACGCGCUGGGCAUGUUCACUAUGGUGAGCCUUGCAUAUUCGGGCGUUCAGCAGAUGAUGUUCCGCAAGUACAAUCUCCGAUCUGUACUUGAGCACACCGAGAAAUUCAAGGUGACCGUGCUGAUCCUUGUACCAGCGAUCAUCACCCAACUGGCCUCCUCACCCCUCCUCGAUCAAUUCGAUCUUUCAUCUGUAAAGUCAAUCAGUUGUGGCUCGGCUCCACUGGGCAAGAAUGUGAUCGACAAGAUAAAGAGUCGACUACCGAUUUCGAUUCGACAAGGCUACGGAAUGACGGAGAUGUCGCUGGGGAGUCACUUCUCGCGUCUCGGUCAACCCGAGGAAGCAAUGGGGAAAUUGAAAGCAAAUAUGGAGAUGAAGGUGCUUAACCAAGAAACCGGCAAAGAGUGUGGUCCGAUGGAGGUGGGCGAGCUGAGAGUGAAAGGGCCGGUUGUGAUGAAAGGCUACAAGAAUCGCCCGGACGACACGGCGAAAACAUUUGACGAGGAGGGAUUCUUGAUCACAGGUGAUCUCGUCUACUAUGAUCAAGAUGGAUAUUUGUACGUGUGUGAGCGGACGAAAGAGUUGAUUAAGGUGAAAGGAGCACAGGUGGCCCCAGCCGAACUGGAGGAUCUCAUACUGGGCAUCGAUGGCGUUUUGGAUUGUGCGGUCACUGGGAUUCCCGAUGAGAGGAAUGGAGAGGUCCCCCGGGCAUUUAUCGUUCGUCGCGGCAAUCACCCGACCGAAGAGGAGAUUCAUCGAUACGUCAAUGAGCGCGUUGCCCGCUAUAAACGUUUGGACGGCGGGAUCACUUUCAUCGAUGCGAUUCCACGAACCCCAUCCGGGAAAAUGUUGAGGAGAAAGUUAAAAGAGCUAUAUCUACAAGAGACAAACAGCAAAUCAAAGCUU